AUGCACCAAAAGCGAAAGCGGGAAGGCAAAGACAGCGAGGUGCUCAUCGACGGCAAGCUGAUUCCGCAGAAGAGAAUGAAAAAGGAAUUAGGCAGAUAUGGCAACUACAAAAAUGUCUUCCAGACACUGCUGGCUACGGCGGAGCAAGCGCCUGAGGGCGUCAUCGUUCGCACCCCACCCUCCACAGACAACGACCAUGUUAUAUCAUUUUGUAUACCGUGGUUCCAGGUUCGCGACUGCAUUGAGAAGAUAUUUGCCAGCCAGCUGGCUCUUCCGACCCAACCCUCAGCGUCCAUUACUUCAUCAUCGCAGCAACAAGCCCUAAGCUUAUUCAAUGCCCUUUUUGGCCAUGCAUGUGGAAAAGAUGAAAUAAAUCUUCCAAACCUCUAUGGGGUGACAUCCCUCCUCGAGGAAGAACUGCCACUGAAGCAGAAGAGUAAUGCCAGUCUCCAGUCCAGGAAUUCCAUACGCUCAAGGCCUAUCUCCACAUUUCUAACGCAUGCCAUAUAUGAAUCUUCUAAUGCCAAUCUCAGAACUUCCAAAACGGACAAUUUCCUAAAUUGGGUAGUUGAGAGUGAAACCGUUGGAUUCAUCAUGCAGGUUACACGGCUCAAAGAACCAUUAAGCCAGGCCUUCGCAUCAAAUAUGCUAUUAAGCGCCAUUAGGACUGGAAAUGAAUCACUUGUUCGCAUGCUCCUUGAUCAAGGAGUCAGUCCGGAAAGCAUAGGCUCGUCGACUGUCCCUCUUGUGUCAAAAAACCCCCUUCAAACAGCAGCGGAUGCACAAAGGUCGGAAAUUGUACAAGUUUUGCUAGACUGCGGGGCUGAUCCGAAUGGUACUGGAAACUCCAGAUGCGCGCCUCUACAACUUGCUCUCGGAGGUGGUAAAUGGGGAGGUGCUUCCAUCAAUGACAUCAUCGACAGAGGAUCUUCGAUCUGGGACCCGAUAGACGAAGAAACCGCGAUGAUACUGAUCAAAGCAGGAGCAGAUGUGACCAAACUCUUCGACCUACUAGAUAGAUUCCCUCUCUCACAGGCCGCACGACACGGAAACAUACAUCUUGUGGAGGCAAUUCUGAAGGCUACUCCAGAGGCACAGCGAAGCUCUGCCAUGUUGGACCAGGCACUUCAAAGCGCCGCUUUCGGCAACAAUCUUCCUGUGAUCAAACUUCUCAGAGGAGCUGGAGCAAACACCAAUUUUACCCUGGCACCCGAUGAUCUUGAGAUGCGUGACUGGGCUCGCCGGAGAUUGCUUGAGGGUGAUACUCUAUACCUGGAAGCAUUUUCUCCACCAAUUCAGAUUGCAGCCCGGCAGCGGAACCAAGAGAUGGUUCGGUACCUGAUCGAACAGGGUGCAGAUGUCAACGCAAGCACAGAUUUCGGUUCCCGGUCAGAAGAGAUCUUGGAUUGGAUUGUGUUGUACUGUGAAGGGGAUAAUCGAAAGAUUAUGGAGGUCUAUUCGCUGACAGGAUGCCUGACACCGUUGCAACAAGCUGUAUACGACGGAAACUUCGCCAUGGCCGAUUAUCUAUUAAAAGAAGGAGCUUCUGUCGGCGAGGUUGGAAUCACAGAGUGGACCGCCCUGCAAAUGGCUUGCAUGUCAAGAUCCCCAACACGGAUUGCGGUGGCCCAGCUACUGCUUGAUUGGGGGGCUGAUGUCAACGCACCUGCGAGUCAUUGGUAUGGAAGGACGGCUCUCCAGGCAGCAGCACACACUGAAGAUGCCAACUUGGUCAGCCUCUUACUCAAGAAUGAUGCCGAUGUCAACGCUCCUGCAGGCCAAAAAGGUGGCCGAACAGCCUUACAAGCCGCUAGCGAGACAGGAAACGAGGAUCUGGUCACUCAACUAUUUGUCCACGGAGGAGAUGUCAACGCCGAGGCAGCUGAAUCAAAUGGGCUCACCUGUGUCCAAGCUGCAGUCUCCUCAGGAAACUUUCUCCUCGUUGACAUGUUACUUAUACUUGGGGCUGACAUCAACGCGCAAUCGAACGGAAAGACUAUCUUACAAGUUGCUAUUGAGAAAGGGUCUCAACCAGGAGUAGAACGACUACUCCAGGCCGGCGCACAUAUCAAUCGGGUUGGAGGCGGAAUAACUCCUCUUUGUACAGCAGUUUUGAACAAGGAUCGCAGCAUGUUGGACUUGCUACUGGAGAAUGGAGCAGUGACUGACCAUCCCGACUGCCUCGUCACUCCCCUUCUGGCGGCGAUUGACAUGGAUUGGGUCGAAGGAGUGCAGCAGAUUCUACGCCGUGGCGCGAACGUGGACAGUUGCUCGAUGGUACCGAUUGUGCAAGGAUUAUCCUCGUACAUGGACCACAGAAAUAUUCCACCCUAUCGUUUUGUAUACGAAGUUAGGGUCUAUCAUGAUAAGGCUUUUCAUGAUCUUCGCUCUAGAAAGGGUGGUAGUUCACCUCUCUACAGGGCAAUCUGUCACCAAAACCCCGACAUUGUUCGAGAACUCAUUCAACAUGGGGCUAACGUGGAUACACCCUGCAUACAUAGGAGUCCGAUUCACCUGGCCGCACUAUACGGCGGUAAGAGGAUAGUGCAGAUGCUGCUCGAUGCAAAAGUCGACAUCAACGCACCGCCCUCUGACAGCUUACAGAUGACAGCGCUCCAGUUAGCCAUUAGCCAGGGGCACUGCGUCGUCGUGGAUAUGCUUAUGGAUGCUGGCGCAAGCGUGAAUGCCCCGACAGGAUCACAAACCGGGAGAACCGCCUUACAAGCCGCUGUCGAGAGACAAGAUAUUUCUCUCGUCGAAGAUCUGAUCUCACUAAGAGCUGAUGUCAACGCACCGCCAGCUGGAAAGUAUGGCGCAACCGCAUUGCAGCUUGCGGCGGUUGGAGGAGCCUUCAACAUUGCCGUUUUACUGCUCGAAGAAGGAGCACAGAUCGACGCUGCACCGGCACGAAUUGGAGGGUACACAGCACUUGAAGGUGCCGCAAUGAAUGGGCGCAUCGAUGUACUUCAUCUGCUGCUACAGAACUACCAAGGCCUCAGCUCCUUUGAGAUGCAUCACCAGAAGGCUCUGGAGGUCGCGGAGUCGAACGGACAGGUAGUUGUUGCCGAGGUGCUUCGGAAUUGGAAGUAGAUAUGAAUGAGUAUUUCUUAGGUAGAAUAUGCUG